GACCAUUUGCUUUGUUCAUCAAACAAAACUAAGAACCCUACAUCAUAAUAUUGAACAAAAUGAAGAUGAUCAUAGGGAAAGUGGUGUUAGUCAAGAAAAACAAGUUGGAUAUCAACGAUCUGAGUUCAUCCGCUUUGGAUCGACUUCAUGAGCUUGUGGGGAAAAACGUCACUCUACAACUUAUCAGCUCAAGUCAUAAACAUCAAUCCACAGAAAGGAACUUGAGAGGCAAAGUAGGGAAGCAAGCAAUGUUGGAAGACUGGAUUACUACUGUUACUCCUCUCACAAAUGACGAAUCGUCAUAUAAAGUUUCAUUUGAAUGGGAAGAAGAUACGGAAAUGUUCCUAGACAUGGACAUGUUCAUUUUGUGUGUAACUCGUGGGUUUACCCUACUAAACGCUACAAAAAGGACCGUAUUUUCUUCCCAUAAUAAGGCAUAUCUUCCUUUUGAGACACCUGAAUUUCUACGUUCAUAUAGAGAUGAAGAGUUGGAAAUCUUGCGAGGGGAUGGAAGUGGUAUGCUUCAAGAAUGGGAUAGGGUGUAUGAUUAUGCUUUAUAUAAUGACUUGGGAAAUCCCGAUAAGGACCUUGAUGAUGCACGCCCAGUUCUUGGAGGAUCUUCAGAGUACCCAUAUCCUCGUAGGGGUAGAACAGGAAGACCACCUACAAAAUCAGAUCCUAGAACUGAGAGCAGGCUUCCUCUAGUUAUGGGCUUAAACACAUAUGUUCCAAGAGAUGAACGAUUUGGACGCAUAAAGUUUUCUGAUUUUCUUGCGUAUGCUCUAAAAGUUAUCAUACAUUUUCUUUUUACCGAGUUUCAAGCUUUAUUUGACAACACCCAUGCUGAGUUCGACACUUUUGAAGAUUUCUUCAAGCUUUAUGAAGGAGGAUUCAAGCUUCCUGAUGGCCCUUUACUUGAACAAAUUCAAAAUAACAUUCCAUUGGAAAUGCAGAAAAUACUUCUUGAAAGAGAUAGUGAUGAACUUGCCAAAUUUCCUACACCACAAGUCAUCAAAGAGGACAAGUCGGCUUGGACAACCGAUGAAGAGUUCGGAAGAGAAAUGCUUGCAGGAGUCAACCCUAUUAAAAUUUGUCUUUUAAAAGAAUUCCCUCCAAAAAGCAAGUUGGACAUCAAUGUUUAUGGCAAUCAAGAUAGUUCGAUAAAACCACACCAUAUCGAGAAAAACCUAAAUGGUUUACAAAUAAACGAGGCAUUAAAAGCAAAUAGGAUGUUCAUACUGGAUCAUCAUGACUCAUUGAUGCCACACGUGAGGCGAAUAAACACAACUACAAACAAGAUUUAUGCCUCACGAACUUUGCUACUGCUACAAAAUGAUGGAACUUUAAAACCAUUAGCAAUCGAGUUAAGCUUACCCCAUCCUGAUGGAGAUAAGCAUGGUGCCAUUAGCAAUGUAUACACACCAGCUGAAAAUGGAAUAGAAGGCUCAGUUUGGCAGUUAGCAAAAGCAUAUGUGGCAAUUAAUGAUUCAGGAAUACAUCAACUAAUCAGCCACUGGUUGAAUACACAUGCUGUUAUUGAGCCAUUUGUGAUUGCUGCAAAUAGGCAACUAAGUGUAAUGCACCCAGUUUAUAAGCUUCUUUACCCUCAUUUCCGCUAUACGAUGUAUAUAAAUGCCAUAGCUAGACAAAUCUUGAUCAACGGGGGAGGUAUCCUUGAAGCUACAGCAUUUCCUGGAAAAUAUUCUAUGGAAAUGUCUUCAAUGUUUUAUAAGGAUUGGGUAUUCCCUGAACAAGCACUCCCAGUGGAUCUUCUCAAUAGGGGAAUAGCGGUUGUGGACACUGGUUGUCGACAUGGACUUCGUCUACUAAUUGAUGAUUAUCCAUAUGCGGUUGAUGGACUUGAGAUUUGGUCAGCUAUCAAAUCUUGGGUUGAGGAUUACUGUAAAUUCUACUAUAAGAACGAUGAUAUAAUUCAAAAUGACACUGAGCUUCAAUCAUGGUGGAAGGAACUACGAGAAGAAGGACAUGGUGACAAGAAACACGAACCAUGGUGGCCUAAAAUGGAUUCUUGUCAAGAACUGAUAAACAUUUGCACCACAUUCAUAUGGGUGGCUUCUGCUCUUCAUGCAUCUGUAAAUUUUGGGCAAUAUCCAUAUACUGGCUAUCUUCCUAAUCGUCCAAGUCUAAGUCGUAGGUUUAUGCCUAAACCAAAUACUCUCGAGUAUGAAGAACUUAAAGAGAAUCGUGAAAAAGUUUUCUUCAAAACCAUUACUCCUCACCUACAAUCACUUCUUGGGAUAGCACUCGUAGAGCUAUUGUCAACGCAUUCAUCGGAUGAGAUUUACCUUGGACAACGAGAGUGCUCUGAGUGGACACUGGAUGAAGAACCUUUGAAGGCAUUCGAGAAAUUUGGGAAGAAGAUGAAAGAGAUUGAGGAUAAAAUAGAGAAAAUGAACAAGGACAAAAGGUUGAAGAAUAGGGUUGGACCGGUGAACGUACCAUUUACCCUAUUAUACCCGACUGGCGAAGAGGGACUGAAGGGGAAGGGGAUUCCUAAUAGUACGUCAAUAUGAAAUGAAUCGAUUAUUAUGUUACCAUAAAUUGCUUAUAUUACUAAGGAAAAAUUGGACCAUUGUGACUAAGGGAGUUGCUUUUACAUAAUCCUCACUCUCUAAUUCCUAUUGUUUGUUUAUAUGAAGUCCAUGUGAGCAUUUUAUCUUUAUCUAUAUAUGAAUAAUGG